AUGUCCGAAAAAACAACAAUAGAAAAUUCUAUAAAUUAUAUUCAUAUAGAUGAAUUAAAUGAACAAACAUAUAAAAAUCUUAUACCAUAUACAUCGAAUAUGAAAACAACAAAAACAUUUUUAUAUGCUACUAUGGAUAUAAUACUUCAUUAUAUAGCUGAAAUGAAUGAACAUGAUUCACCUGUUAUUAAAAAUGGACUUCGUACACCGGCUGAAUAUCGAAAAAUGUUUACAUUUGAAAUAGAUGAUGAAGGUAUUAAUUUAUAUGAAUUACUUGCGAAUUGUGAACGUAUUCUUGAAACAACUGUUCGAUCAGGUCAUCCUCGUUUUAUCAAUCAAUUAAGUCAAGGUGUUGAUAUAAUAUCACUUGUAGGUGAAAUUAUAACUGCAUCUAUUAAUGCAAAUAUGUUUACAUAUGAAGUCGCACCGGUUUUUAAUCUAAUGGAAGAAAGUAUUCUUGCUCAUAUGCGUCAAUAUUGUGGUUGGUCAAAUGAAAACUCAUUAUUAAAGAAUGGUGAUGGAGUUUUAGCACCAGGAGGUGCUCUUUCUAAUUUAUAUGCAGUAUUAGCAGCUAGACAUUAUGCAUAUCCACAAAUAAAAAAAUAUGGUAUUCAAGAUGGAUUACAUCCGGCUAUGGUUAUUUCAAAACAUGUACGAAUGUGUAACACUAGUGAAUGUACUGAGAAGGGAGCCUACUGCAGUUGUUCAAUCGCUUUUUGA